UGGCUCCCUUUCCAUCACUGAUGACCUUUUAUCUUUGAAGGUUAUAAUAGUGACCCAUCGUCACCAAUGAGGAUAAAUGGCAAAAAAAAAUACGGUUUAUACAACACGCCCCGUCACUGAUGCAAAAUAUCCGUGAAAAAAACACCAAAAAUAUAUAUGGUCCCCUUCAAAGCUCAUCGCCGCCGUGGUUGUCCCCAUCAUUGCCUUUUUGCCAAAGCUGUCGAACCACUGAGGUCCUCGAGGUGGUGUGACCAGAUCCGGGGUGCCCAGAUAUGGUGGCCUGACCUCGAGGUAGCCUGAUCUAGUGCCCCUAAGGUGGCUGCGGGCGAAGAUGACGCCGACGAUAGAGGCGGAGGCGCGUAGAGGAGAUCCAACGAACGGGACAACCACAUAAUAGUUGAGGUGCAUGCAGUCUCCACGCUGACCCUAACUGUGCCUACUGCCCGUGGAUCUAGCCGUACCUACCUUGGAGGCAAAGGAUGGAGGAAGCAAUGCCGAUGUUCGCGGUGAGGAGGCGGCGAUGCCAACGCUUGGGAAAUGCAGCGGGAGAAAAAGAGAUGGUCGACGCUCGUAGAUCUGGAGGCAGAAGGGGAGACGAGGAAGUGGGUGACGCUCUGGGUCAUAAACAGCGACUGUGCCGACGUUUGGGAGAUGGAGAGGGAUACGGUUAGCGUUCGAUCCACUAUCCCCGUGGUUUUGUAUGCCCGAAUGAUUUUUACAAAUUGACACCCAAUUUAUAGUUAAGUUGAACUAAUGGAGGUUAUGCACCAAGAGAUUAUGUGACAUAGUAGGACACUAUGGAGCCCACAUAAAGAAGUAAUUUCUAUUAAUUAUUGACCAUUUCUUAGUGAAUUUUAUCGAGAAACUAUAACAGAGACAUCAUUAAACCAGACAGCUACUUAUAGGUGGAUUUAAACCAUCAUGAGGAUAAAUAUAGUACUAACGUGGCAACAUAACUUAUAUUAUAAUGGACAUUACCCAUUUUGGAGAUAUAACGCAAGGGAGAUUAUAGGAGGAUACCAGGUGGUAAUCAUAGAGCGACUGUGAGCGUGGUUUGGUGUUAAAAGUGAUAGAAAGAUAAAGACGGCUGCCCACCAGAUCUUGAUCUGACGGUCGCCCGUGGAAUACCAAAACCGGAAAAAAAAUCCAGAGGAAACGCAUCCUCAGCUCUCACCUCACUCUCUCAGCCCACCGCCGCCGCCGCCGCCGCCGUCACCGACGUAGCGCUGGUUCCCCUUCCCCGCAGCCGGCGACCAUGUCGAGUGGCCUGGACAUGUCCCUGGACGACCUCAUCAAGCAGUCCAAGACCAAGCCCAAGGGCGGGGCCCCCUCCUCGUCGGGGCCCACCCGCCGCGCGGCGCCGCCGGCGGCGCGCGCGGCGCCGUACCCACCGGCCGGCCCUAAGGCCGCCGGCGGCGCUUCGCCGUACGGGGUCUACUCCGAGCACGUGGCCGCCAUGGCGGGGGUCGUGCCGCGGCCGCGGCCGCCGCCAGCCGCCGCCGCCGCCGCCGCGCGGUCUCUGGAGACCGGGACGAAGCUGCACAUCUCCAACCUCGACCCCGGCGUCACCGUCGACGACGUCCAGGAGCUCUUCUCGGAGAUUGGUGAGCUCAAACGCUAUUCUGUUAACUAUGAUAAGGAUGGAAAAUCACAGGGAACGGCAGAAGUUGUGUUUGCAAGAAAAGUGGAUGCUUUGGAGGCUAUUAAGAGAUAUGAUGGUGUAAUACUUGAUGGUAACCCCAUGAAGAUAGAUCUCAUCGGAAAUAAUUCUGAGACAUCCCCAAUGCCCCCAACAGCACCUUUGUUGUACAAUCCACCUUUUCCGAACUACCCUAACAGGACAUCGUUUGCAGACACAUACAUCUACAGAAUUUAUAUUCACAUGCACAGCCAAUAUUGUUAUGGGACACUCUUUUGUUUGUGGGAGAUGAUGACCACAUUCUGUAACCUCUCCUUCAAACUGCAUUUUGGUUACUUUGCCUGUAGUGUACCACGGAGAGGUGGCCAAAGAGGACAAUUUCAUCAAGGUAAUGGUCGCCCUGGAAACAGUCAGGGCAUUGGAGGUGGGCCAAGAGGAUUUCAAGGUAGCGGUCGUCCUGGAAGCGGUAGUCAGGGCGGUGGUGGCUGCAGCCAGGGGAAAACCCGUGGAAAUGAACGGAGUCGCAUACAAAAAUCAGCUGCAGAUCUUGAUGCUGAAUUGGACCAGUAUCACGCAGAAGCAGUGAAGGAGAAAUGAGGUUCUCUUCUAUUUUUACUAGUGGGAAUGUGGGAUGACACUGAAACUACCUGGCAUUGAUUUAAAGAUGUGAAAUUAUCUUGCUAGUGUUUUCAUGUUUUGUGCUAGAAUUUUUGUUGUUAGUGACAACCAUUCAGGAUAACAUGCUUAAUCAUGUGUUUGGACUUUGUAAUGUGCAGUUAAAGUUAUUUUCUGUUUGAUCAAAUGCUUGGGAAAAAAAACAUGCGUGCGUUUCCUAGCCUGGAGAUGAUAAUUGCAGAUACCAUUGAGAAUA